GUGCUUGUUAGAUGUGCACGAAAGAGUGAAGGGGUGUUAUUUUUCUUGAAAAAACAGUGGGAUUGUUGCUCAAUCGGCAAUACACGAAACAUUGGUCAAGGAAAAAUAAGGAUACUCUUUUACGUUCAUAAGUUUCCAUAAAAAGUUGCAAAAUUACAAUCCUAUCUUAUGCAUGAGAUGCACGAAGUCAAGAUUGUGUUUUCAAAAAAAUAAAAAAUAAAAAAGCUUAAUCCAAUAAACCACCUUUGCCAUUGAAAACAAACUUCUCUAUCUCACCUACUAUACUUUUGUUUUUCCACUUGGAAGUCUUAAUCUCAACAACCAAUGGUAUAAAAAAUAAAAAUAAAAAUAAAUUAGUCACUUGCUAUUUUAUUUUUAAACAAAAAAUUUUAAAAUUGAAGUCAAUCUCGACUUUCCAUCUUCAAAGAGUAAACAAUUGGUACGGAAGUUCCUUUCCAUCUUCAAAGAAUAAACAAAAGACGCUCGCUGUUUUGUCAUUUUACAGAUAAAAUAAAACUUUUCUGAUGUCAUAUAAGCUCUUCUUAUCUAAAUGGAACUUUAUUUUAAAUAAUCUCAUCUCAUGAGAUGUGUUUAGGGAAUAUAAUAUUUAUUUCAUAGCAUUAGUGGAAAAGUGGGUUAAACUCUCCCUCUCCUAUCCAAGUGUACCCGGGUUCGAUUCACCUAGGAGACAAUCUUGAGGCAACCCAAUAUAAUACUCUCCCUCCCCUCCCUAGAGAAUGACAAAAAAAGAAAACAAAAAAGAAAAGAAAAAAAAAAGGCACAAAUUGAGAAUUCAAUUGCAAGGAAAUAAUGCAUUAAAUUUAGAUUUUCAAUGCAUUUUCCUUAUUUACCUCAAAGGAGAAAAUCUACACAACAAAAAAAGUAAUAAAUGUCAAAGGACUUACAUUUACAAAAAACACGUGAACUAAACUCAAUGACAACUAAUCGUUUUGGACCUAGAUUUAAUAAGCUCUAUUUAUUUUCCAAAUAUAAUUUAAAAAUGAUUCUUCUACUAGAUACUUUAAUAGGAUAACAUUAGCUGUCGACAUACAAUAUUAAAAGAAUGCUGCUAAACGAACUCUAAAAUUAACGAAAAUCAUUAACUAAGUACCCUAAAAUUAAUAGAGUGCUUCAAAUUUCAUAGAUAGCACAAGUAUUCCAUUUUUUGUAACAUAAAUAUAAUAAUUAUGAUGGCUUUUUGCUCAUUUGGCUUCUUCCAACACAAAGUAUUCCAUUUUUUGUUUACUCAGGUAAUUUUAGAAUUUGUUUAGCAGCACUCUAUUAAAAUGGAAUACUUGUGCUAUCUAUGAAAUGUAAAAUUGCUUCAAUGAAAUUUAUGUUUCUUUUAAACCACCCUUUUUUUGGAUUACCCAACCCAUUCACCAAAAUAAAAAUAAAAAUAAAAAUAACCCUGGUUUUCUCCUUUCUUGAGAGUUGCUUGCUUCCCUCCACAAAUAAGGGCCCACACCAAGUAGAUGCUGGGGGCAUAUAAUCCAAUAGAAAUAUUUUAGUUACAUGGGGUCAACCUCAGCAACACAACAAAAGUCCGCCCUCAACCUCAGCAACACAUAAAGUCUGCUCCCAACCUCAGCAACACAUAAAGUCUGCUCCCAACCUCAGCAACACAAUAAAAGUCUGCUCUCAACCUCAGCAACACAAUAAAGUCUGCUCCAAUAUCUUAUUGAAGCACAAACUGAAAAGCCAACCCAACAUACCCAUUCUCUCUCUCUCACUACAUUUUCCACUCUGCUUCCAACUCAUUUCAGGCUUUGCAAAGGCAAGUUCAAUCUGCAUGCUGGGUCUUCUUGAGAGCUUACAGCAGCUGGCUUUGCAUUGCUGACAGUAAAGCUCAUAUUUUUACCGAGUAAUUUUCUUCAACUCAUUAGAAAGCAUGCAGCUUUAUCUGUUCAAUUUUUUGUUGUUGUUGUGCUUGUCUGUGUCCAUAUCCACUGUAUCUAGUUUGAACUCUGAUGGGGUGGCUUUGUUGUCACUCUCCAAGCAUUGGACCUCUGUCCCUGCUUCCAUAUCCUCAAGCUGGAAUGCUUCUGAUUCCACUCCAUGCCAAUGGGUUGGGAUAGAAUGUGACAAUGACCACAAUGUGGUUUCCCUGAAGCUCACUGGUUAUGGAAUUUCUGGUCAAUUGGGACCUGAAAUUAGCAGAUUUAGGUACUUGAAGAUUCUUGAUUUGAGUGUUAACAAAUUUUCUGGCAAAAUUCCAACAGAAUUGGCCAAUUGUAGUCUUCUUGAAAACUUGGACUUGUAUGAAAAUGGCUUUUCUGGUGAAAUUCCUGAAUCCUUCUUUGCAAUUCCUGCCUUAGCUUAUGUGCAUCUGUAUAGUAACCGUUUGAAUGGUUCCAUCCCUGGAAAUGUUGGGAAUCUGAGUGAGCUUGUGCAUCUGGAUUUAUAUGAGAAUCAGUUUUCAGGAGUCAUUCCUUCAUCCGUUGGAAACUGUAGUAAAUUGGAGGACUUGUAUUUGGCUGAGAACCAGUUGAUAGGAGAACUUCCUAAGAGUCUGAACAAGCUUGAGAACCUGGUAUAUCUAGAUGUGGCUAACAAUAGUCUUGAGGGUAGCAUUCCCUUGGGUUCAGGUACUUGCAAGAAUUUAAUUUACUUGGAUUUUUCAUACAAUAAGUUUAGUGGAGGUAUUCCACCAGGACUUGGAAAUUGUAGUAAUUUAACACAAUUUUCUGCUGUGGGUAGCAAUUUAGAGGGGACUAUUCCAUCUUCCUUUGGCCAACUCAAGUACCUUUCCAUCCUGUACCUUCCUCUAAAUCAUUUGUCUGGUAAAAUACCUCCUGAACUUGGCAAGUGUGAAUCCUUGAAGGAACUACACUUGUAUACAAACCAACUAGUGGGAGAAAUUCCUGGUGAAUUGGGGAUGCUGACUCAAUUACAGGACCUUAAAUUAUUUGAGAAUCGGUUAACUGGUGAAAUUCCAGUUAGCAUAUGGAAGAUUCAAAGUCUUCAGCAUAUCCUUGUGUACAAUAAUAGCCUCACCGGGGAACUGCCUGUAGUGAUGACUGAGUUGAAGCAGCUAAAAAAUAUAUCAUUGUUCAACAACCUGUUUUUUGGAGUUAUACCUCAAACUUUGGGGAUUAACAGCAGUUUGUGGCUGUUAGAUUUUACCAAUAAUAAGUUCACUGGUAAAAUCCCUCCAAGUCUUUGCCGUGGAAAGCAGUUAUGGAAGUUGAAUAUGGGUUUCAAUCGAAUUCAAGGUACCAUUCCUUCUGAUGUUGGAAAUUGCUCUAGUCUAAGCAGGUUGAAACUGGGACACAAUAACCUCACUGGGGUUCUACCACAGUUUGCAAAAAAUUCAAGACUUUUAUAUAUGGACAUCAGCAACAAUGAGAUUAGUGGAGAAAUCCCAUCUAUCUUGGGAAAUUGUAGCAAUCUCACAACCAUCAAUUUGUCCAUAAACAAGUUAACAGGAGGUAUACCCCAGGAGCUAGGGAAUCUUGAAGAGCUUCGUUCUUUGAUUCUUUUCAAGAACAAUUUGGUUGGUCCUCUACCUCCUCAGCUUUCAAAGUGUACCAAAAUGGAUAAGUUUGACGUGGGAUCAAAUUUGUUGAAUGGUUCCAUUCCAUCGAGUUUGAGAAGUUGGACAGAUUUAUCAACACUGAUUUUAAGUGACAAUAGUUUUACUGGAGAAAUUCCACGUUUCUUCACAGAGUUUGAAAAACUUAUAGAGCUACGACUUGGUGGAAAUUUGUUUGCAGGUGCGAUUCCCUCAUCAAUCGGAGCAUUGGUUAGUCUAUCAUAUGCAUUGAAUCUUAGCAAUAAUGCAUUGACAGGUCGGAUUCCUUCAGAGCUUGGGAAGUUGACAAGCCUACAACAACUCGAUCUAUCUCAUAACAAUUUGACAGGGACUUUAAAAGCUCUUGAUCAUAUGAUUUCAUUGACUGAGGUGGAUGUUUCAGACAAUAACUUCACAGGUUCAGUACCAGAGACGUUUAUGAAGCUGUUGAACUCAUCAUCAUUAUCAUUUUUGGGCAAUCCCUACCUAUGUGUCAGUUACCUUCCAUUAUGUGGCUCAACUUGUGGAAGAAACAACAGUUUUAAGCUGUGCAACCGUCAAUUAAGCAAUCAUAAAGGCCUUAGUAAAGUAGAAAUUGCAUUUACAGCCCUGGGGUCUUCAUUAUUCGUUGUUUUUGUGCUUUAUGGACUGGUUUAUAUGUUCCUCUUACGCAAAAAGACCAAGCAGGAACUUGAGGUCUCUGCUCAAGACAGGCUGUCUUCCCUACUCAAGGAAGUAAUGGAGGCCACAGAAAAUCUUAAUGAUCAAUAUAUCAUUGGGAAAGGAGCCCAUGGAACUGUCUAUAAGGCCUUUUUGGCUCCAGACAAAGAUUAUGCCGUCAAGAAGCUUGUAUUUGCAGGGCAUGAAGGAACGCGUUCAAGCAUGGUUAGAGAAAUUCAAACCCUGGGGACGAUAAGGCAUCGAAAUCUAGUUAAAUUGGAAGACUUCUGGUUGAGAAAGGACCAUGGUUUAAUCUUGUACAGGUACAUGGAAAAUGGGAGCCUUCAUGAUGCUCUACAUGAAAUUAAACCCCCACCAACUCUUGAGUGGAUUGUCCGCUACAGGAUAGCACUUGGAACUGCAUACGGUUUGGAGUAUCUCCAUUUUGAUUGUGACCCCCGUAUAGUUCAUCGAGAUGUAAAACCAAUGAACAUUCUCUUAGACUCUGAUAUGGAGCCUCAUGUCGCUGAUUUUGGUAUUGCUAAACUUUUGGAUCAGUCUUCUGCAUCAACGGCGUCCGCUGCAGUUGUGGGUACAACUGGAUAUAUUGCACCAGAAAAUGCAUCUAGACCAUCAACGAGUGUGGAAUCUGAUGUGUACAGUUAUGGGGUUGUUUUACUUGAGCUGAUAACUAGGAAGAAGGCAUUGGAUCCAGCAUUUGGGGAGCAAACUGACAUUGUAGGAUGGGCUAGGUCAGCGUGGAGCAACACAGAAGACAUUGAUCAGAUCGUUGAUUCAAGCCUUAAGGAGGAACUCCCGCAUUCAAAUAUAAUCGACCAAGUUGUGGAUGUGCUUAUGGUGGCUUUCAGAUGUACUGAUAAAAAUCCUAGAAAGAGACCGACGAUGAGAGAUGUUAUCCAGCAAUUAUUAGAUGCAAAUCCCCAAGUGAGAAAAAGAAGGAUAUUGAAUCCUCGUAAUGGUUUGUCCUAAUUGGUAUCUGUUUUCUGCUCUAGUUUAGUCCUAGUGUAUGUAGCAAAGGAACAGAUCUUCCGUUGUAUCACUAUAAAAACAUAGAGUCAAGUUUUAGUAAAAAAAGCUUAAAAGCAAUGCCAAGAGAUAUGAACGUGAGAAAACUGAAAGAUACUCGAGAUCUUUUUGAGAAUAUCUUCCUUUGGUCCUUCAAAUGUUAAACUUACAAAUCAUUUUACCCAUAUGCUAAA